UGGCAGCAACGUAGCCGGGCAGCAAACUCACCCGAUAAAACUCUCGCAAAGUUUCGGCUCCAAGUUGGCCCCACUGUCGAUGCUUGUCGGCAGCGGAGGAGGAGGAGAAGAAGAACACGGCUCAGCUUCUCGCUCCCGGACAUUUUCUUGGUUGGAAGAGCAAAAAUUUCACCAUCGAAAGAUAUCUAUCAAAUGACCAUGGGUUUUGCUGGCAAGAAAUCCACAAAAGGACCAGUUUGCUGGCGAAGACGGGUUAAGUCUGAAUAUAUGCGUCUCCGACAGCUGAAGCGCUUUAGACGAGCUGACGAAGUUAAGAGCAUGUUUAGUGCAAAUCGCCAGAAAAUCAAAGAAAAAACAGAAAUAUUGAACCAGGAUUGGAAGCAGCACCGGAUACAACCUGUUCACAUUAUGACAGUGAGCACAAUGCGUGGUACAAGAGAGUGUGCUGUGGAGAGUGGAUUCCCUGAGUUUCCAAAACAGAUAAUCCCAUUGAAGACCUUGAAUGCAGUGGCCUCAAUCCCAGUUAUGUAUUCCUGGUCUCCUCUUCAGCAAAAUUUCAUGGUGGAAGAUGAAACUGUUUUGCAUAACAUUCCCUAUAUGGGUGAUGAAAUCUUGGAUCAAGAUGGGACUUUCAUUGAAGAACUCAUAAAAAACUAUGAUGGAAAAGUGCAUGGAGACAGAGAAUGUGGUUUUAUCAAUGAUGAGAUCUUUGUAGAGCUGGUAAAUGCUCUGACCCAGUACAGUGAUAAUGAAGAGGAUGAUGAAGACGAGGAGGAGGAUCAGGAGAAUAAAUCUGAGAAGACUGAUGGAAGUGAUAUCAAAGAAGAAAGUAAUGAGUCCAGAAAAGAUUAUCAGGAGAUCAAUAUGGAUGUUAAAGAAUGUGAUGAGGGGAGAAAAAAGCCCUGUGACAAGAUCUUUGAAGCAAUUUCAUCCAUGUUCCCAGAUAAAGGUACACCAGAGGAGCUGAAGGAAAAGUACAAAGAACUGACCGAGCAGCAGCUUCCUGGAGCACUUCCUCCUGAGUGCACACCAAAUAUUGAUGGACCAAAUGCUAAAUCAGUUCAACGUGAACAGAGCUUACAUUCUUUCCAUACUCUCUUCUGCAGACGUUGCUUCAAAUAUGAUUGUUUCCUGCAUCCUUUUCAUGCCACUCCUAAUACAUAUAAACGAAAAACUCCUGAGACCAGAGCAGAGACAGAACAAUGUGGACCAGAUUGUUGUUUGUUUCUGGAUGGAGCAAAAGAUUUUGCAGUGGCCUUAACAGCUGAGCGAAUAAAAACACCACCCAAACGUCCAGGUGGUCGUCGCAGAGGGCGCCAUCCAAAUGGCACAAGCCGACCCAGCACACCGACAAUAAACCCAUCUGAGGCGAAGGAUACAGAUAGUGACAGAGAGGCUGGGACAGAUACUGGUGGUGAGAUAAAUGACAAAGAUGAAGAAGACAAAAAGGAUGACACCACAAGCUCCUCUGAGGCAAACUCCAGAUGUCAAACUCCUAUUAAGAUGAAACUCACUUCUGAUCUUUCUGAUGUGGAGUGGAGUGGAGCCGAAGCCUCUUUGUUCAGAGUACUGCAUGGCACUUACUACAAUAACUUCUGUGCUAUAGCCAAGUUGUUAGGAACCAAAACAUGUGGACAGGUAUACGAGUUUGCGGUGAAGGAAUCUAAUAUUAUUGCUCGUGUCCCCGCGGAGGAUGCUGAUACGCCUCCAAGAAAAAAGAAGAGAAAGCAUAGGUUGUGGGCAGCGCACUGUAGAAAAAUACAACUGAAGAAAGAUGGUUCAUCCAAUCAUGUUUACAACUACCAGCCUUGUGAUCACCCACGUCAGCCCUGUGACAGCUCUUGUCCUUGUGUCAUGGCUCAAAACUUCUGUGAAAAGUUCUGUCAGUGCAGCUCUGAAUGUCAGAACAGAUUCCCUGGCUGUCGUUGCAAGGCACAAUGUAACACCAAGCAAUGUCCUUGUUACCUUGCUGUACGUGAGUGUGAUCCUGACUUGUGUCAAACCUGUGGAGCUGCUGAUCAUUGGGAUAGUAAGAAUGUGUCCUGCAAAAACUGCAGCAUCCAGAGGGGAUCCAAAAAGCAUUUACUGCUAGCUCCAUCUGAUGUGGCUGGAUGGGGCAUCUUCAUCAAAGAGCCAGUACAGAAAAAUGAAUUCAUCUCUGAAUAUUGUGGAGAGAUUAUAUCCCAGGAUGAAGCUGAUCGCCGUGGCAAAGUUUAUGACAAAUAUAUGUGCAGCUUCCUGUUCAACCUGAAUAAUGACUUUGUUGUUGAUGCAACACGCAAAGGUAACAAAAUACGUUUUGCAAACCAUUCUGUCAAUCCCAACUGUUAUGCCAAAGUAAUGAUGGUUAAUGGAGACCAUCGAAUAGGCAUAUUUGCCAAAAGAGCAAUCCAGACUGGUGAGGAGUUAUUCUUUGACUACAGGUACAGUCAAGCCGAUGCCCUGAAAUAUGUUGGUAUAGAAAGAGAGAUGGAAAUCCCCUGAAAUUAAAUUGCCUCAGUUCAAAGUAUAGGCAGCUGAUUUUGUAUUUCAGGAUUUAUGUACUGUAUGCAGACAUUUGAAACAACUCUGGUUGAUUUAAAAACUACUGUGACAAUAAUUUAUACUGUAAAAAAAAGCUUUUUAUCUUUUCAAAAGCUGCCAGUUUUUAUAUGUGUACUUUUGCUAUACACCAUGUGGUGAGCUGUUGGUGCAAUUAUACUAUCAAUCAAUCAAUUAAAAAAACUUGAAUUUUAAUGUGACUUGAAAUUUUUGAACUUCACUAUUCUCAGACAAGGUCAAAAUAAUCAAUGGCUUACAAGAUGGAAUGAGUUCUGUCCUAUGAGCAAGGAGUCCUGGAAUAGACAACAGUAUCUGAUGAUCAACUAGGAUUCUGGGGUGAUAGUAGUGACAUGGAUACUUGCACAAGAUGCCUUCCAUAGAAUAUUCCAGGACCCAGUCAAGUGUGUAGCCAUACCUACCAGAGGAAAUUGCCCAUUUUAAAUGAUGAUCCAAAUAACUACUUGUAACAAGUCUAGUAAUAGUUAUGCAUUCCAUGUAAGCUCUACAGAAAAUCCUGGCUAAAUGACCAUCCACCUUUAAAAGCUUGUGUCAUAUAUAGUCCAUAAACUCUUGGUUGAAAAAGAGGCAUGUGAAACUCUAGAGCAGUAAAGAUACGACCACAGUUACAAUGUUAAUAUUGAAACUAGUUGUGCUAUUAACAUGACAAUUGGAUUCAAACAGCAAGAAUCCAACUUGAAGCUUUCUCCUAUUAGAAACUUUUAACAGACAAUCCUCUGCAGGUUCAGUCAGCACUUUGUGAUUAAAAUAACAAAAGGCAUGAACUUGUGAACCCAAUGAUGUAAUUUAAAAGUGAGGGAAUGUGAGAUUCCUGGUGUCCAAGAGGGUUAUCUACACCUGGGGAAAGAAACACUUUGAAUGUAGAUCUGAUAUUUAGAUGUAGAGUAGAGGGAGCUGCAUAAAAUUGAUUUUUUUUGCAGUAGCAAAUGAAAACAUUCUUAAGAUUUGGCUCCAAGUAAUUACAGAAAGUUGAAUAAGGUACAUUGUGCAAAUGUUUUAAAUGUAAUGAAGAUAAAUUACAUUUUGUUUGAAUGGCAUUCAGAUCACUGACUGCCAGC